AUGCGAUAUUGGUUUUACUUCCACUUAACAUUCUCUCAGUGCCCAACUCUCUCUCACUCUCUUCUUAUACGCUUUGCAUCUGAAUUUGCCAUGGAGAUAGAAGAAACGGGAGAGCACUAUAUGCCGUGCCCAAAAUGCAGUCAGAAAUGUUAUAAAAAACACCGUGAGAAAGAAUACUUUGAUGGGUCUGCUUCUUUCUUCAAAAUUAUGCUUGGAGAUUUUGCAGAGAAACUGCGCAUUCCUCCGGCUUUUGUUUCCCAGAUCAUAAAUGACCAAGAUGAACAUAUGGUGUUGCAAGGCCCAGAUGGGCAGAACUUCAAUGUACGGUUAUGGCGUUCCAUCAAAAAGUUGGAACUUCAACACGGCUGGAUAAACUUUGUAAAUUAUUAUGGGCUGGAAGUGGGCGAUCUUCUAGUUUUUAAAUACAUUUCUAAGUCAUGCUUUAAAGUCAAGAUUUUCGAUAAAACAUCAUGUGAAAAAAAUCAAAGAAUACAAAGCAAAUCUUCAUUUCAGGGCAAUUCAUCCCAUAACCCUGGACAUUCUUUCGUAUCUGAGAAGCAUGGGACAAUGGAAUCUGAUGCUCCUUUUAUAUCAGAUAAACCCUCUUGUACACUGGUUAUCAAAUAUAAUGAGCGUAGUUUAAAUCGACAAAUAGACAGUAAACUGCUGAUUGAUCUGGAUUCUGAUGAAAAAGACAACCCUGAGUUUCCGGCGGUGACUGAAAUUCAAAGAACAAAAAGGAUGCCUCCCUUCCUCGGCAAUUCAUCCUCUCAUAAGCUCGUGAGAAUGGAGUCUGUUGCUCCUUUCAAAUCAGAUAAACCCUUUUGUACAAUGGAUCUGAAAUCGUGGAAUGUAAAUCAACCUCAUGUGCUAGAGGAUAAUCAGGCUGAGGAAGGGGAUGACAAAGCAGAUGGCCUAGCAAUGAAUGAUGCCAAUGAAGAGGAAAAUGGUGACAGAGAGGAUGGCAUGGCGAUACAUAAGGUUGAUGAAGAAGAAGAUAAAGAGGAUGGAUCCACUAAUCAUGAGGUGGUAGAGAGCAAGGCUAACGAUGAGGCUGACAAUGGGGGAAACACUAAUCCUAAGGAAGAAAAGGUCUCUACUCAUCAUAGAACUGAACGAUGUGAUAGAAGAUUACUUUAUUUUUGGCGUAUUCGUAAAAACUGCCCAAUUAUUAGUCGCAGGAACCAAAAUCAUAACUCAGCUGGGACCUCUGUUAACCCUAAUAAUAUUAAUGACCUAAAUUCUUCAUCUCCUCACUCUGCUAAUGUGGUCUCCGAAGUUCCUGCUCCCACUCCUAAUGAACUUAACCCUCUCAAGCCCGAUCUCGCACCAUCGGCCCCUGAGCAUCUCAUCCCUGGCUCCGGCCCUCCACUUGACCUUGUGGAACUGCCCUCUGAGGGUUUUCUGCUUGUUACCUCGAGAAAACGGAGGCGUAAAACUACCCCUCUCAAUGCCCUAAACCAUAGCCGUUCAAAUACCAUCCAAUUGGCCUCUAAUCAUAAACCCCAGGACCCUCCUCAAUCCCCUAUCAAUUAUGUGGUUAAAAAUAUGGUCAAAACCUUAGAAAACCCCAAUCAUGGUGAUGAUGAUGCUAACAUUUGUAAUAACCCUGCAAUGAUCCUUAGAUCCAGAACCCCCUUACAAUCAGUCUCCUCUUCACUUGCAGGUCAUAUUAUUGAUACUAGCACCAUUAACCCAUCAACUGCAUCUACACUCAAAGAGCUAGAGGAUAUUCAUAUUAUAGAAGUUAUUUAUGCAAAUAAAGGCUUCGAUGAAAUUAGAUCUAGCACUUUGCUCCCUGGCUUUCCAGGCUCCCAGUUGUCUGGAUCCGACAUAAGAGGAAAUUCUGAUAUUAGAACUGAGCCUCCCGAAAACAAUGAAGAUGAUGAGGACCUUAUGAAAGGUUACUCCCUAAAUAAAAAGAAAGGUAGCCCUGUGGGCUCCAAAAAUAAGAAGAAGCUUGGAGGUCAACAUAGACUCCCUACCAGCCCCCCCUUAAAUCCUCCUCUUUAA